GUCUAAGCUCUACCACGACAAACCAUGGGCUCUUGAUUGGGUCGGUGGCCUUCAUACGCCGGGUUGCGGAGCCGUUGUCUUCUUGAGUGAUGACAAUGGCCUGAGUUGGUACUGCUGCGGAGGGGUGGAGAAAUCGGAAGCAGGGAGGUUUACCUACGAUGGCAGGAAGUUCAGGACCUUCUUCCUUACGUCUGUCUAUGACAGAGAGGGGAAAAAGUGGGUCAAGGAAGAUAAGAAGGUGUCUCUUGACCAUCGGCUCUUCCAAGGAUACGGGGUCAAGGCUUUGUCGAUGAAAGCGUUUGACGUGCACGGGAACGGAACAGAGUUCCAAAUGCUGGAUCCAGAAAAGUUUCUUUCCAAAACCAAUGGCUACCGCGUGACUGGGUCCCUGCCUGUCGUCGACAACGCUUUCAUGCUCAGCAGGCCUUUGGUCCAAUUCAACAGCCCGACGGACCAACUCGCAGCUUUCGUUAUGCGAUACAAGGAAGAGUUCGCGAGGCUGCCUGCUGCCCAGCGAGUUGACUGUGUUUUCGUGCCGAUUGACGCGGGCCCCAAACGGCGCCAGGAUCAGCCGGCUAGAGCGGCUCUGCCUGCUCCGGUUCCGCCCUCGGAUCGCCGAGGUCGCGAUGCGGCCGAGCAGUCCAGCGAGGCCACAGACUACGACGACGGAGCUGUGCGCUAUCGGGCUGGUUCCCAGCAUCGUUCCCCGGGAGGUGCAGGUGCCUUCGAUGACGACAAAUGUGAGGCCCACGAUGGGGAGGGCGGUGGUUCGGAUGGGGAGAGCGGUGGUGAGGAGGGGGAGGGCGGUGGUGAGGAGGAGGAGGGCGGUGGUGAGGGGGACGACGGUAACGAAGGAGAUAUUGAAGGUGAGGAUGAUGGCAUGGACGAGGAGCGAGACGAUGUUGGUGAGGAAGUCGAAGACAAUCGCUUCUCCUAAUUUCACCGUCGCCACCUGAACGAAUCGCGGGGGCGCCGUGAGGACGACGCCUGCCGCGUCGGUGACGCGGUCAAUGCUGGUGGCCAGCCUAUGGCCUCCCGCGGAAUGUCGCAGUCCUAUGACCAGACGAAGGAUGGGAGAGACGAACCUGGAUCACGGGGAAAGCGAAAGAGGGGAGAGGCGUCGACCUCUCUUGCGACUCGAACAAAACAGGCGAGAGCCGACGCCGUCAAUGAAGCUUGCGGAGCGUU